CAAUACAUAAGCUAUCACCUUAUCCGUUGAUGCAAAUUAUAAAUCAAAACAACAAUACUACAAAUCCCAUCAAUUUUGAUUUCGAGUUAUCGACAACUAUAGCUAGCUAGAAAUGGUGAAUACCAUUGCCAUGUACAUGCCCUUGUUGCAUGGCUUAUUAAAGGUAGCUGGUAUGAGAUCCCAAGCAGUAGUGCUCGAGCCAGGGACGACCAUAAACUUCUGGGUCCCGACCGAAACCACUGAUAAGCCAGUUGUUGUGUUUCUUCAUGGUUUUGGACUAAAUGGGAUUCUUAAAUGGCAAUUUCAGGUCCUAUCUUUUGCAAGAACUUAUGCAGUUUAUGUGCCAAAUUUCCUUUUCUUUGGAGGCUCAAUCACUGACAAGCCGUAUAGGUCACCAGUGUUUCAAGCGGAGUGCAUAGCCAAGAGUUUAAGGAAACUUGGGGUGGAGAGUUGUAGUUUGGUUGGUUUGAGCUACGGAGGAAUGGCAGGGUUCAAAAUGGCUGAGAUGUAUCCUGAUCUAGUUAAAUCAAUGGUUGUGACUGGUUCUGUCAUAGCUUUGACCGAGUCCAUUACUAGAGCUGGUCUAGAGAGAAUUGGGUUCUCUUCUUGGGCUGAAUAUUUGAUUCCUCGAACAAUCAAAGGUGUGAAAGAUAUGUUAGACAUUGCUAUCUAUAAGCUGCCGUGGAUUCCUAAUUUUGUUUUCGAAGAUGUUCUGGAGGUGAUGUUCGACAACAGGAAGGAAAGGAUGGAACUUCUAGAGGCAUUGAUCACAAAGGAUAAGGACUUUACCGUCCCUGAUUAUUCACAGAAGAUCCAUCUCUUGUGGGGAGAAGACGACAGGAUUUUCAAUCUAGAAGUAGCUCACAACUUAAAAGAGCAGCUAGAAGGCAAAACAAAAUUGCAUUACAUAGAGAAGGCAGUCCAUCUGCCCUCGCUGGAGCGACCAUUUGUUUACAAUAUCCUACUCAAGAAACUUUUUGCCUCUCUACAUGAAGACAGGCAGCAACAGUGAAACUUGCAAAUGGUAACAUAUAUAGUAGCCAUUUUCCAGAAGAAUUAAGUAGUAUCUUGGUUCUGUAAGUUUUAUAUUUGUUUCUGUUUGCCCUGAUUUGACACUGUUUCUUCUUCAAAUACAUUUUGUUCAAAUGGUCUGUUAUAAGGGUGAGAUAUAUGAAACACCUGUUACUGAUGAGACGAUACUUAGCAUUCAAUAAAAAUUCUAGAUAAUAAUCUCAACUUCA